AUGGCCGGCGUUGACGACGACCGUCUCGGCGUCGUACAGGCCGUCCUCCUCCAACCGCAGAUCACGGGGCAGGACCCGCCAAAGCAGGACGGCAGGGACGCCCUGCUCGUCCUCCUCCCCCUCCUCAUCGUCCUCUCCACUUUCCUCUUUCUCUUACUGCUCUUCCUCAUAUCGCUCGUCAUACUCCGUCGUAGACGCGGUAUUGCACUCGGAGAUCACAAUGGGCCGGUGGACAUGAGCAGGGAGGACCUCGUCCAGGGCGAGGGCGGCUUCGAGGGCGUCGAGUCUCGCUGGCUCGAGAGCGUAUCCGAGAACGAGCGCAGGAAUUAUCUCAGAGCAAAGGAAUACCAGAUGCAGUACCCACCGAACAGUGCCCAGACGGACAUCACGCUCUCCCAGUUUCUGAGUAUACAGGAAAAGGGCGUCUCUGCGUGGUCGUUCGACCCAGACUACGAGAUGAUCUCGUCGCUGCUCGUGCACGCGAGGACGGAGCUGACGUUCCUGCCGGAUCCGGCGUCGGCGACGUCGGUGCAGUCGAACCUGCCGCUGCCCAAGCUGAACGAGGUCUACUACUGGGAGGUCAAGAUGUUCGAUCUGCCAGAGACGACCAACGUCGCGAUCGGCUUGGCCACGAAACCCUUCCCGCCCUUCCGUCUGCCCGGCCACGCGCGGUACUCGGUCGCUUAUCACUCCAACGGCGACAAGUCCCACAACUACCCCUUCACCAACGUCUCUUACAGCGCAAUGCUCAAGGAGGGCGACGUCCUCGGCAUUGGAUACCGACCCCGCUCUGGAACAGUCUUCUUCACCCGCAACGGCCGUAAACUGGAAGAUGCGUUCGUCGGACUUGGCUCGUGGAACUUGUUCCCCACUAUCGGCGCAGACGGCCCUUGUUCUUUGCACGUCAACCUCGGCCAGGGCGGCUUUGUGUUCAUCGAGGCCAACGUGAAGAAAUGGGGCCUCGCGCCGAGCGUGGGCACCCUCGCCCCUCCGCCGGCAUACGGCAGCGAGCGCGGGAGCAUUCUCCUCGAAUCGGGCAUGACACCCGGCAGCGUAGACUCGACCCACUCGACCUCGCGCCGCAUGCGUCGUUCACGCCCCAACCAGCGUCAUUCGGCAUCAGCUGCAGCUCAGGCCGCGUCUUCCCCUCUGCGCACCUCCACCAUAAAUACGACGUCCCCUCCGCCACCGUUGACACCGCCACCCGCUAUCACGCCCAUAGACGAGGAAGCACCAGAACCUUCCGGCUCUUCGUCCGAGACCCCGCGCCAAGGGCGGUACAUCUCGCCCACGGACCUCCCCUUCCACAGUCCGAACAACACCCAUAUCCCGUCUAGCCCGGGACGUGCUCACGGACACGGACACACUCGUUCCCUCUCUUCCUCCUCGUCAGUCGCCGCAGACCAGGAGCUGAGCCCUGUACCCCGCCUCGCACCCCUUCUUCCUCCUGAUUCGCCUCUGUCGCCGGGCAACAACCCGCCGACGCCGAACCCCAUGGACGUUCAUCUCCAGGCUAUCUCGCGGUUGCCGCGCCCGCACCCGGAUGAGCAUGAGGAGGAUGAAGAGAUCGAGCAGGAUCAGCUUGGCGUGGAUGGUGCGCUGGAACGCAGAGACGCGUCAGCGGGUCCGCCGGAGUAUUCUCCGUUGGACUCGUACAGGUAUCGAGACGGCGUCAGCAUCGAUUUGCCAGCAGAGAUUAUCGGCGCUGCACUCGAGCGGGGCGUCAUUCCUGGCGAUAUGGUACCGCAAGGAAGUGCGAGUACGAGCAGCGGUCGCAGGAGGUCGCGCAGAUCAGAGCAGCGACGUGCGGCGAGGAAUCGCGACGCACGCGACACAUAA